AUGUCUACGCGUUGGUACCCAAUUUACCAAAGAGGAAAUCCACAACUUCGAGUUUUUUUACCUAAUUUUUGGAUGAAAUUGGUGCGCCCUCCUUCAACUCAGUUACCUAAUGUUGUUAAUUUUAAAUGUUCAAUGGAAAUGACCAAAUAUGAUAUUAGAAAUUAUUUAGAAAAGAUAUACAAUGUUCCGGUUGUGGAUGUAAGAACCAAAAUUAGACUUGGCAGAUUUCGGAAAGAUGUUGGCAAAGGUUAUAUUGUAAAAGAUGAUGAUGUUAAAUUUGCUUAUGUGGUUUUACCUAAGGAAAUGACAUUCAAGUUUCCUGACUUAUUUGAUGGCCCUACACGGCGGAAACCUGCAGAGCUUGUUGAUUGUAUGCUUAUAGCGUCUGAUGAAGACCAUUUACAGAAAGCUGAUAGAUGUCCAGAUGAGUGCGGACGCUCAGAAUUCUCCAGGGGAAGAUUCGUUUUAAAUUCCGCUACCUGUCAUGCUAUGUUCCGCACAAAGGAGCAGAGGGCGUGCACAAUGAAAGGCUUCAUACAUCUGCUGGUGCUGAUUUUCUGUUUCACCGUGUUUUUCGGAGGCAUUCAGGCCACACCUGUCCCCGAGCAUGCUGAUAACAGAAUCACAUCCAAUUUGCAGCCUUUGAAACGCCUGGCCAGACAAUUGCCAUCACCGCCCCAAGUGCCACCGUUCGACUUGCCGCCAGGCAUGAAGGGUUACGUUGAAAACGCAAGGAAUCGUCGGGAAGCCAAAGGCAGCGGCGGCUACAUGCCUAACAGAAAGGGA